AUGAAGAUCCAAAAAUCUCACCUACCAAGGAACUUCUCUCGACACAUCUGCUCGUUCAAAUUUACUCCGUCUCAAAUCAUCAACAAUCAGAUGUUAUUGGAAAGCCUACACUUGGCUGCACCGAGGGCUGCUCUAGAGGGAUGGAGGAAAAGAUGCAGUUCAAGGCCAAGAGCUUCUUGCUCUUUCUUCUCUUCGAUUACAAAGGGGGACGGCGAGGAGAUGUGGAACAGUAAAGCUUGUACAUGUGACUGCCAGGGAGACCCCAACUCAGUUUUGCCCACCAGAACAACCAGCUUAGACUGUAUGCCAGAAUGUCCAUAUCACAAACCCCUGGGCUUUGAGUCAGGGGCUGUGACCGCAGACCAGAUCAGCUGUUCCAAUUCGGAAGAGUACACGGGAUGGUAUUCCUCGUGGACCGCCAACAAGGCACGCCUCAACGGCCAGGGCUUCGGGUGCGCCUGGCUCUCCAAAUUCCAAGAUAACAGCCAGUGGAUCCAGAUCGACCUGAAGGAGAUCAGAGUGAUUUCCGGAAUCCUCACCCAAGGCCGCUGCGACACGGACGAAUGGAUGACCAAGUACAGCGUGCAGUACAGGACUGACGAGAGCUUCAACUGGAUCUACUACAAGGACCAGACGGGCAACAACCGGGUAUUUUACGGGAACUCGGACAGAGCGUCCACUGUGCAGAAUCUGCUGCGGCCUCCCAUCGUGUCCCGCUUCAUCAGAUUAAUCCCCCUGGGCUGGCACGUGCGUAUUGCCAUCCGGAUGGAGCUGCUCGAGUGCCUAAGUAAAUGCACUUAACCCCACACCGGGAACCCAGAUCGGCUGAAGGAAGCAAAGGAAAUUUUGGAGGGAGCCAAUGAAGUGAUGCCGAACGGUCCUGAUAUCUGGAUACCAACUGGGGGGAUAUGAACAUCUUAAUGAAGGAAAAAAAGAAAUAGUAGCCGUUCCCUAAGCUUUCCUCUAGAUUACAAGCUCAUCGUGGGCAGGAAAUGUGACUGUUUAUUGUUAACCUGGAUUCCCCAAGUG